UCCGGGUCCCGGGGUCCGUUACUCCGUGCUAGUUGGGUUACAAGGCAACCGGCCCGUGACAUUUCCCGUCGUCGGUUUUCGUGGCUAUGUCGUCCCGGUGAUCGCCCAUCAUCAGCGUUUCAUAAACACAGCGAGCUGAUGGCCGUGUGUGGCACUGCGGAUGUCGGAUUCCGUGGCGCUGUCGAGGUUAGUCGUCGCAGGAGUCUGGCCAGGAGCAGUCUUCUGAGCAGAUGAUGGCACCCACGAAGAUGAAGCUUCGCAUGCGGAAGCGGGAGGGCGGGGCCAAGCUGUCGCAGCGUCUCGUGGCGGCCGAGGCGUCUCCGGACUCCAAGUGUCCGAUCUGCCUGGACCGCUUCAACAACGUGGCGUCGCUGGACCGUUGCCUGCACCGGUUCUGCUUCCGCUGCAUCCACGAGUGGUCCAAGAACAAGGCCGAGUGCCCACUGUGCAAGCAGCCCUUCUGCUCCAUCUUUCACUCCGUGCGCGCCGAGAACGACUUUAAGGAGUUCGUGCUGGCGCCUGUGGAGAACGGCCCGGCGGCCGUAGCGGGGCCCCCGGCUGGCCAGGCCGACGGCGGCGUCGGCGACCCUGCGGGACGGGCUCGCCGCUCAGUGAGGGUCAGGGAGAGGUGGAGCCGGAGGCGCUCAAACCCCGCCCCUUCUGCCAUGUCCUCUCCGGGGGUGCGGCUGGAGAGCGUGGCGGGGGUGGAGCAGGAGCGGGGCGUGCAACGCGUCAUGCUGCGCCUGACGGAGCGAAGGCACUCGCGCGCGGCCGAACAAAGCCUGCGGCGGCUGCGGGACCAAGAUGUGGUGGGGUUCCGGCGGGCACUGUACCGCACCGGUGUGCGGGUGCGGGCGCGUAGCGCGUGGGACGGCGGCCGCCCGCAGGACAUCUCUGCGGCUUACCUGCGCCGGAAUCCGGCCUGCCUGCGGCGGCUGUUGCCUUGGUUACAGCGGGAACUGACGGUUCUGUAUGGCUCGCACGGUUCUCUCGUCAGUGUCGUGCAGCACGUCAUCAUGACGCGCAUCGCGCAUCACGACAUGGACGGCGUCGCCAUCCGGGAUGAGCUCCGCCCCUUCCUGCUGGCACGCACUGACCACUUCUUGCACGAGCUGGUGAACUUUGCACGCUCGACACUCUCCAUCGAGGCCUAUGACCAGCAGGCUGUGUACGAGUGCACUGCCCCUAGUUAUGAGGAGGACAGCACCUCUGACUCCUCCAUCAUCGCCAUCUCAGAGGGUGAUGGUGACAAUGACAGCGAGGGCGCAGACCUUGUACCACCUGUUCCCAUGGCAACGGGUGGCGAGAGUUCACUCAGUCAGUCUGCUUGGGAUGAUGAGACUCCUGGUCCCUCCUACUCCACCCUCUUUCCUUCUCCCAGCCAAUCGCAGGCAGAGGGGGCGGUGCCUGCUGCAGCCUCGGUUCAGCCGGACAAGGCGGGAAGUGCCUGUGGAGGGCCCUGCGAGGAAGAGGAAGAGUGUAUGAUUGUAGGUUACGUGAAGCCAAUGGCUGAGCGGACUCCGGAGCUCGUACAGCUCUCCUCCAACUCCGAGGAGGAGGAGGAGAAAGAGAAAGAAGGGGUUGCCCCGGAAACUCCGGCAGCCACGGUAACCAAGACUGAGUCCUCGCUGUCGCAGGCACAGGCUCUGCCCUCCUCGCAGUCGUACAUGAGUCCCCUGAGCCCCCCCUCCUGCCGGUACCCCUCCCCCUCGCACAGUCCGCAGCACAUGCCUGUGCGUGGCUCCAACAGCGAGGAGAGGGAUGCAGCGAGACCCGCGGAUCGCAGAGAGCAUGCCCCACGCCGCGGCUGCCGGUCCAGCAGCGCGAGUUCAGGGCUGAGCGAGUGCACCAGAACCAGCAGUAGAUCCCACAAACGGCCUGCUUCCGUCUCCAGGCACGGAGAGCCAUCUAGGCAGGAAGAGACCAGUGGGCAGAGCCACCAGUCAGCAGGGAGGAGCCCCACGGUUUCAGUUCUGAGUGACGUCUCCAGUGCUAGCUGGGAACCUCCACGUUCAAAGAAGGCGCGUUCCGUCUCUGCGCGAGAACGCUCCUCCCAGUCUUCGGUCUGCUGGGAUUCUCCGGCCCGUGACGGUGAACGUCGGAGGGCCAGGGAGAGACGGCCGCGACGGCGGAGAGACGGGGGGGCGCAGCGGGACAGGAGCCCAUCACCUCCCCACUCCUACUCCAUCCACAGCGGUCGCCGCCGGGACUCGCGCCGUCGCCAUGGUCACCGCGAGCGCUGUCCGCGCUCCAGCAGUCCCUCCAGCAGCAGCGACAGCAGCGGCAGCUCAGACUCGCCCCGCCCCGAGAAACCUGCAGGUAAGCGCAAGUACAAAACCCGCCACCUGGAGGAAGCCGCGCAGCGACAGGGCCGCAGGAAAGGCAGGGGGCGAGAGCGCCGCACCGCUAGCCGGAGCCCCAGCGUGGAGAUCGUCUUUGAGCGGCUGCCUGCCGACACGCGCUCGCACGCAGACCCGUGGAGGAGGAAGAGGAAGAGGAGACGAAAUCGCCGGGACGCCAGGGAGCAGAGCUCGCCCGCCGUGAUCACCAUCGACAGCGACAGCGAGCGCGACCACGUCACGGCCCGCCCCGGCCCCGUGGACGACGCCCCUGCCUGCGUCAUGGACUCCCAGAUCUGUGUACCAGAAUUCCUGGCGUGCUGCGUCAAAGACUGUCCCACCCCCCCACUCGCUGUCCCAUCGCUGGACAGCCUGCUGGGCUCGUACGGUCCCGCAACACCCUGCCAGCUUCCCACGGGCUCACCCGAGUGCACGCUCAACCUGGAGUUCUGCGCCGUGGACGUGGUGGACCGUGACCCGGUAGAUAGUUCCCCACCAGGGACUGCCAGUAACCUCCACGAGGAUGUUACCGUGGCGACAGAAACCCUGCCCUCAGACACUAGGCUGCUGGAGUCGAUCCUUCAGGAGCUGGAGGACAUUCUCCCAGAAACUAGACCAGCCUUAGAUGGUGGGGACGACCAACAGAUGAGGGACACUGUAACUCACAGGGACCAACCAGAGGCAAUGACACAGGCUGUCCAUACACACCAUAAUGAGGCAGUGUGUGAGUCAGAGAGAGGUGCCAGGACCAGCCCUGCUGUCUGACACCCACACACACCCACACCCACACACACACACACACAGGACUCUACACAAACUGUUUGUCUCCUCUUUCAGUUUUCUCAUGUAAGGUCUUUUAUAUGAAUCUUCCCAUUUGUCUACAGCGUGAGGAAGAACUUUAUCAUUGUUAUUACUUUGGUAUUUAUAGUUAUGAUGCAUAGGAGACAACAUCUGCCUCACAACUGGUGCUGCCCUGCUGUGCCACUAAACACGUACCCGCUACACCACUCACACUGCUCUCAUUCAAACAGUCCUGCCUUCCUUUCUCACAGCCUGAAUCUCAGGGAACGUGUCAUGUAUUGAACUCCUUAAUAACCACAAUGCCUCCAGCACUGUGUGUGUGUGUGAGUGUGUGUGUGUGUGUGAGAGAGAGAGAGAGAUAUCACACACUGUCUUCGCCUGGCUCUGCUUAAGGGGAACAGACAAAGCUGUUAUCACUGUGUAUAUUAGUCAAUGAAACCAGACAGAACCAAUAAAAUAAAUGUUACAUAUGCA